AUGCACGCUUCACAUAGAGCGUUAAUAGCUAUCUCUAGACAACAAUAUUGGAUAUUAGGUGUUGGACAUGCAGCUCGACAAGUUAUUAGUCGAUGCAUCAUUUGUUUUAGAGCGAAGCCAAGAUUCAUCAACCAAAUGAUGGGAAAUAUGCCUCCAGAAAGGGUGAAUGUAUCGAGACCUUUUUAUCACUGCGGUGUUGAUUUCUGCGGGCCCAUUAAAACCCACUACAACGUCAGAGGCAAGAGUCCUACCAAAUCAUAUUUGGCUAUUUUUGUUUGUUUUUCGACUAAAGCUGUACACAUAAAAGUAGUUGGAGAUUUAUCGUCUCAAUCAUUCAUAUUCGCCUUAAAAAGAUUUAUAGGAAGGCGAAGACUUUGUCACACAAUAUUUUGUGACAACGCAGCAAGUUUUGUUGGUGCUAAGAGUGAGUUAGCAGAACUAACAAAAGUAUUCAAUUCAAGAAGAAUACAGUCAAGUAUCCAGACUUAUUGCCUAGAAGAAGGAAUAAAGUGGAAAAAUAUACCACCUCGUUCUCCUCACUUUGGAGGCUUGUGGGAAGCUGCUGUAAAAUCUGCAAAGACGCUUCUCGUUCGUCAUCUAGGCGAAGUUUCAUUGACGUAUGAGCAGUUGCUUACUGUGGUCAUACAAAUAGAAGCAAUAUUGAACUCUCGACCGCUAACACCGUUGUCAUCUGAUCCAAACGAUUUUGAAGCUCUUACACCAGGGCACUUCUUAAUCGGAGGUCCUCUUACGGCCAUCGCAGAACCAGAUAUAACAGACAGCAAAAUAGGCAGUCUAAACAAAUUUCGGCAAAUGCAACACAUACAACAGCAUUUCUGGAAAAGGUGGUCUGCCGAAUAUUUACAUCUUCUGCAACAAAGAGUUAAAUGGGAAACAGAAUCGAACAACCUUAAAAAUGACACAUUGGUGCUCAUUGAAGAAGAUAAUAUUCCUCCUAUGCGCUGGAAACUUGGCCGAGUGAUCGAGACAUUUAAAGGAAGUGACAAUAAAGUACGCGUGGCUAACGUUAAAACGCAAACUGGAACGUACCAACGAGCGAUACAGAAUCUUUGUCCUCUUCCGAUAGACGAGCUAGAUUAUCCUCCUCCAACAAGUGAACCAGAUUAUCAAGAAAAAAAUCAACAUGAACAAAUAAAUAUAAACAAACUUGAUGAUGGCGUUGGCAUAUACUUUGAAGACGUUGGCAUAUACUUUGAAGACGUUGGCAGAAUUCGAACAGUAAACACGUAUUGGAAAAUAUUUGUGUAUUACAAUCUGACAACGUACUGGCAAGAGUUUGAUGAGCUCAAAACAUAUGUCAAUAAAUUGCGAGAUCUGUGUACAAAAGAAAUAGCUCAUCAAAUGUACUACAUACCAACAAUAGAUACAAUGCAAAGCAAUUGCUUCAAACAAAUUGCUUCAAAAUUACCAUGCGCCAAAAUACGAAAGAUCCAGAAUAGCAAGAUCACCCUUUGA